AUGGAGUUGCAGAUAUUUUUGGAGGCAAUUGAAGCUCUUGUUAAGCUGUUCCCAGUUAUGUAUGUGUGCAGCAAAGAUACUGAAUGUUUUAUCAAUGUUCACAAAUUCAUUUACUUACCCCAAGAAGAGCUACAAAAUCCUGAAGCUGCUGAGAUCUUCAAUGAUACCGAUGAUGCUGUUGAUCCAGAAAAUGAAAAUUUUAACAAAACUGGUCAGCCCUCCUUCGUUUCAAAAUUUCCUGAAAUCGUCGAUAUCACAACCGAGUUCAUAAAACAACAUGGAUUUGCUGCACAAUGCUGUCGCCGAUCAGAUACUGGUAACUCUUCGGGGGUAACAGCUUCCCAGAUUAGAGAACACUUAUACAGAGUAAUUCCUGAAUUAAUGGACCAUACCAUAUCCCUGUCCACCAUAUGGUGUCUCUUUGAAGCUCCUAACAAGAAUUUCAACACAAGCUCGCAUUAUAAAGGGCAUGUUAAUGCAAGAGUUGGGGUGAAAUCAAAUACAUAG